CCGGAGUCCGGUGCCGAAGCUGCGGGCGGGCGCGAUCGCGGGCCGGGGCUGCUAGGCGCUGCACGGUGCGGUGCAGCGGCGCGGCGCGGCUGUUGCAGCCUUUUCCCAGGCGCCUUGGGGUCGGGUGGCCGCCCGUACGCCUGGCUGGGGGAAUCCGAAGGCAGCGAGCGGCUCGCGGCGGCGGCGUAAGUGCCAAGGGGCUGGGGGCUCGGCCGCUUCGUCCACGUCCCAGCCCCUGCGAGCUUCCCUCUCUCCCGGGCAGGCGGCUUCGCGAAGACGAACAGCUCCAGCUGGAGGCCUCAGCUCCCACCGAUUUAUCUGACUUCUGCCCAGACUCUGAAAUGCCAACUAUGUCAAGGCCUGCACUUGAUGUCAAGGGUGGUGCCAACUCUGUGAAGGAGGAUGGCAACCAGGAGAUGAACUCUCUGGACUACUCCAACCUCGGGGUGAAGGAUCACAAAGCAGUGGCCAUCCUGCACUACCCUGCGGUCAACUCAAAUGGAGCCAAAGCCAAUGGAGUUCCUGCGAGCUCCUCUGGAUCAGCAUCUCCAGUAGGCUCUCCUACUGCCAGCCCUUCUACCAAGCCCCCACCCUUCAACCUGCACCCUGCCCCUCAUCUGCUGGCCAGUGUGCAGCUGCAGAAGCUUAAUAGCCAGUAUCAUGGGGCUGCCGCUGCGGCAGCAGCUGCUGCUGCCACUCCCGACCAACCAGGGGAGGCAGGGCCCCUGCAAAACUGGGGCUUUGGGGUGGAAGGGGCGGAAGGGGCGGAAGGGGGAGAAUCAGCCACUCCUCCUUCUGGUUCCCAGAGCCCUACUAUCAUUGAUUCUGACCCAGUGGAUGAGGAAGUGCUGAUGUCUCUGGUGGUAGAGCUGGGGCUCGACCGAGCCAAUGAGCUUCCCGAGCUGUGGCUGGGGCAGAAUGAGUUUGAUUUCACUGCAGAUUUUCCCUCUGGCUGCUGAUGCCAAGUGUCCCUAAAAAUUGAGGAACAAAGCCACCAAUUCAGUUGUAAAUAAAAGUU